GUCGUUCCCCCCCGCCCCCCUCCCCCCGCGGCGGCUCGGCGUCAACGUGGCGCCCCGCCCCCCUCCUCCCGUGCGCUCUCGACAGUGGGAGCAGCAGCAGAGCAGCAGCAGCCGCAGUAGGAGCAGCAGCAGCGGCUACACCGCUGUGCAAAGCCUCGGACUGGAGUAUAUACAGUAUUGUCCCUGAAACUGCUUAAAAAUGACAGCCAAACUGGGAUUUCUGCGUCUCUCUUAUGAGAAGCAGGACACGCUGCUCAAGCUUUUCAUCCUGUCCAUGGCCGCCAUCCUCUCAUUUUCAACAAGACUGUUUUCAGUACUGAGGUUUGAAAGCGUCAUUCACGAGUUUGAUCCAUACUUUAACUACCGCACCACCCGCUUCCUUACUGAGGAGGGCUUCUAUCAGUUUCACAACUGGUUUGAUGACCGAGCAUGGUACCCUUUGGGCAGGAUUAUUGGCGGAACCAUUUACCCAGGUCUUAUGGUGACAUCAGCCAUGCUUUACCACGCGCUGCAUUUUAUGAACGUCACCAUCGACAUCCGUAAUGUCUGCGUCUUCCUGGCGCCGCUUUUCGCAUCGUUCACCACGCUUCUCACCUACCACCUUACCAAAGAGCUCAAGGAUGCUGGAGCUGGGCUGGUGGCUGCUGCCAUGAUCGCCAUUGUGCCUGGCUACAUAUCGCGCUCUGUGGCUGGCUCGUACGAUAACGAAGGGAUCGCCAUAUUCUGCAUGCUCUUCACCUACUAUAUGUGGAUCAAGGCUGUGAAGACUGGCCUGCUCUACUGGUCCGCUAUGUGUGCGCUGGCCUACUUCUACAUGGUGUCAUCGUGGGGAGGCUACGUGUUCCUCAUCAACUUGAUCCCCCUGCACGUGCUCGCCCUGAUGAUCACGGGCCGUUUCUCGCACCGCAUCUACGUGGCCUACAGCACCGUAUACUGCCUGGGCACCAUCCUCUCUAUGCAGAUUUCCUUCGUAGGCUUCCAGCCGGUGCAGUCUUCGGAGCACAUGGCGGCCCUGGGGGUGUUUGGCCUGUGCCAGGUCUACUCCUUUGUGGACUACCUGCGGAGCAAGUUGAGCCCGCAGAAUUUUGAGAUUCUCUUCAAGAGCAUGAUCUCGCUCGUGGGGGCCGUGGUUGGCGUUGCCGGCACCCUUCUCAUGCUGACCGGUAAGAUCUCUCCGUGGACUGGGCGCUUCUACUCCCUGCUCGACCCGUCCUACGCCAAGAACAACAUCCCCAUCAUCGCCUCCGUGUCCGAGCACCAGCCCACCACGUGGUCCUCUUACUACUUCGACCUGCAGCUCCUCGUUUUCAUGUUUCCUGUCGGGCUUUACUACUGCUUCUGCAACCUGAAUGACGCUCGCAUCUUCAUCAUCCUCUACGGCGUCACCAGCAUGUACUUCUCAGCGGUCAUGGUGCGUCUUAUGCUGGUGCUGGCGCCCGUCAUGUGCAUCUUGUCGGGGAUUGGCGUGUCUCACGUGCUCACCACCUACAUGCGCAACCUGGACAUCUCGCGGCCUGACAAGAAGAGCAAGAAGACCCACGAUGCCUCCUACCCCAUCAAGAACGAGGUGGCUAGUGGCAUGGUGCUGCUCAUGUCGUUCUUCCUCAUCACGUACACGUUCCACUCGACGUGGGUGACGAGCGAGGCGUACUCCUCGCCCUCCAUCGUUCUGUCGGCUCGCGGCGGCGACGGCAGCCGCAUCAUUUUCGACGACUUCCGCGAGGCGUACUAUUGGCUGAGACACAACACGCCCGAGGAUGCGAAGGUGAUGUCAUGGUGGGAUUACGGCUAUCAGAUAACAGCCAUGGCCAAUCGAACAAUAUUGGUGGACAACAACACAUGGAACAACACGCACAUCUCCCGCGUCGGUCAGGCCAUGUCAUCGACGGAGGAAAAGGCCUAUGAGAUCAUGCGGGAGUUGGACGUGGGCUACGUGCUGGUGAUAUUCGGAGGGCUGACCGGUUACUCUUCUGAUGACAUCAACAAGUUCCUGUGGAUGGUUCGCAUUGGCGGCAGCACGGACACGGGGAAACACAUCAAGGAGCACGACUACUACACGCCGGCCGGAGAGUUCCGCGUCGAUCGCGAGGGAUCCCCCGUGCUGCUCAACUGCCUCAUGUACAAGAUGUGCUACUACCGCUUCGGGCAGGUCUACACCGAAGCCAAGCGCCCGCCCGGCUACGACCGCGUGCGCAACGUGGAGAUCGGCAACAAGGACUUUGAGCUGGACGUGCUGGAGGAGGCGUACACGACGGAGCACUGGCUCGUGCGCAUCUACAAGGUCAAAGAUCUUGAAAAUCGAGGACAGUCAAGAACAUAGGGGGGGGGCACCUUGGUGGAGUUUAACCUGCUGCAGUCUGUGGCAGCUUUUCAUUCAGCCCCUUUUAUAAAUAUACACUGGCCAAAAGAUCGUUAGGCAAGUUGUGAACUGAUUAGAAAAUUUGUUCCGCUUUUAUUGGUAAUUUGCCCCGCAAGGAAUAUGUGUAAUGAAGAUGUCUGAAGGUAUUACGAAAUGAAUUAAACAAAAACCAAAAAUUCUAAACCAAGGCAAAAAAAAUAACACCAGAACAAUUACAAUUUACUCGCAAGGUUCACUGUGUUUGAUGUUUGUGUUGAUCGUAAUAUCAUUUGAUGAAAAUAAUAAUUUGAGUAACAUGUUGAGCCAUGUGUGUGAAGCUAAGAAUUUACUGUCAGGGUGUCUGCAUAAAACUGUUGCUUUGCGCUGUUUAAAGCACUUGCAGUGUGUCCCUGUCCUUAAUUUGUUCUUUGAUUUGUAAUGAAUUUGUAACUGAUUUACGUGUAAGGCACUGGCACCAAAAUGGAAUUUUAAGUUUUGCGGGAUAUUCAGGGGUGCCAAAAGCGUAAUAAAACAACUUUUCAGUUUAAA